GUGUAAACCCUUACCUCGCCUCCAUCAAUUGCCAUGGCUUCGUUAGAAAUAGAUAUGCAAAAUAUUGAUAAAGAAGAGAAGAUGGAAGAUGACGAUGACGAUGAACAAGUAGUUUCCCUUAUAGAGGAAGUUCGACUGACCGUCCCGAACGACGACGAUCCGUCCCUUCCAGUAUGGACAUUUCGAAUGUGGUUCCUAGGAAUAAUCUCUUGUAUUCUUUUAUCGUUUCUGAAUACGUUUUUCAGUUACCGUACUGAGCCUCUUAUAAUAACCAUGAUAUCUGUGCAAGUCGCUACUUUGCCCUUGGGACGUUUCAUGGCCAAUGUGCUUCCUAUGCGAAAGUUUCGCGUUGGAUCAAUGGAGUUUUCUCUCAAUCCUGGGCCUUUUAACAUGAAAGAGCACGUCCUGAUUUCGAUAUUUGCUAAUGCUGGUUCGGCGUUUGGGAGUGGAUCGGCUUAUGCUGUCGGGAUUGUGGAUAUUAUUAAGGCUUUCUAUCAUAGGCAAAUCUCUUUCUUGGCUAGCUGGAUUCUUGUUAUCACAACUCAGGUAUUGGGAUACGGGUGGGCUGGGAUUUUGAAGAAAUAUGUGAUAGAGCCUGCAGAAAUGUGGUGGCCAAGCAGUCUAGUUCAGGUUUCUCUCUUCAGGUAUAUAUAUUUGCAGCAGAAUGAGAAACUUGUGCCUUUUCAUUAUUGGGUAAAUAUAUUCAUGACGUCGUUAUUUUCAAACAAAUCACCGUUUUCAAUUCUUGGGAUAAAAAUAGUAGGUAUGAGUUUUGUUGCAAAAACUAAUAUUGGUAUUUGUACGCAUUCUCAUCCCUCCCUACUGUGCUAUUACUUGUAGAAAAUCUCGUGGAUUCAAGUACAGAGUCAUGUUUUAUUUAAUUGUACAUGUUUGCAAGUUGAAUAAUCACCUGGAAGAAAAGAUGACAUCUAUUGUUCCCAUUUCUGUCUCGCAAACAACUCCGCUCAUCAUUUCUUGUUCUGGAAUACCAUAUGCUA